AAACUAUGCUGCCUUCUUCAGGCAAGAUGGCUUCGUCUACCAUUCCAUUAGUACAAAAUGAUGUCAAGAAGACAGGAAAUGAUGCUGUACAUGAUGCCAGUGAAGGAAUCGAAAAUGUACUACCCUGUCAGGAGGAGAAAACCGGUCAAUUAAUGAAUAAUUUUGAGAGGACAGAUAAUGUAAACUUUAAAGAGGAAUCAAUCAAUGAUGAACAAAAUGGCAUUCCAUCAGUUAAUCCAGAGAAGAAAAAUGAGAAGAGUGUAUAUUCAUAUAAUAGUCAAUUGGUUCAAAAUGUUAUUGAGAAAACUGAGAAUAGGGAAUCUGUAUUAGAUUCCGAAAAUAUGGAAGAUAUUCAUAUAGCAGCAAGGAAAGGGGAUGCUUAUGGGGUGCAUAAAAUGCUCGAAAAGGGCCAAGACCCUUCUGCCUUUACAAAUGCCAAAUACACCCCACUCCAUUAUGCAGCUUAUGAAGGCCAUACUGAAGUUGUGAAAUUAUUACUGGACAGAGAAUCAGACCCAAACGUUUCGAAUAAUGCUGGUGACACCCCACUUCAUCUUGUUGCACUAAAUGGAAAGACUGAAGUUGCAAAAACAUUGUGUGAAUGCGAAGAUCUUAAUGUAAACAAUCCAAGUGCAACAAAUGAAACGCUACUUGCAUAUGCAAGACAUGGAGGGGAAAAGCCUAUGCUAAAUGUUCUUAGGAAUCCAGAAACUAUUUCACCUGAGGGCAAUACACCCCUCCACUGUGCAUCACUGGCGGGACAUACAGAAGUGGUUCGUUUGCUUCUAACGAAGAAUGCAGAUGCGAAAGGUAUGACUCCUACCUACCAUACACCUUUACACUAUGCUGCUCUCAGAGGUGAUGCCAUUCUCGUCAAACUGUUGGUCAGUCAUGGAGCCGAUCCUAAUGCUGAAGACGAACGAAAUAACACACCUCUUCAUUAUGCCGCUCUUUGCGGACACACUUCGGUAAUCGAGUUGCUGGUGGAUGAAAGAGCAGACCUAAGCAUUCGGACAGACAUGGGACUCUCAGUCCUUCACAAGGCUUCCUUCUAUGGAAGGCUAUCCACUGUGCAGAAACUUGUUGAACUACAAAAUACUCUCAUCAGCAUGCGUGACAAGAAAAAAUUGAGUCCAGAAGACACUGCUCUCAUCCGCGGUCAUAUCCAUACAGGGUGGUGGCUCAACAAAAUUGCACAUCACACUUCUUUACAAGAUCAGAAACACUUAAAGAAUAUUUGUGAGAACACAUACACACAGAGUGGAGACUUCUACCACACUUACUGCAGAGAGAAGAACGGCAGCGCGAACGCUCUAGCCGCUGCCAUUGACUUGGGCGUGUGCGACAUGCACUACCAAGACGAGCAGGGCCGGACGCUGCUCCACGUGGCCGCGGAGCAGAACGACCGACUCAAAAUCCGGGUGCUGCUGGAGCGCGGCGCCCUGCCCACCGCUCGCACCCACGACGGCAAGACGCCCUCGGACCUCGCCCGGGAGAAAGGCCACCUGGAGGCUGCAGAGACGAUUGCAGACAAGAUCAGAGUUGAAGAAAAGGUAAUACUUUGCCAGCUGAUUCUAAUAGUGAUGACUAAAUUCUUCCAUUCAUCCUCCACCUCUACACCUUCUGUUAUAUCCUCACUUAGAACUUGUAGUCUUUGCCUUAAGAGGCUUAAACUGCAAGGCAGCAGGAGAGGGUUGCCAAUUACAGAAAAAGAGUCCCCCCUACCCGUGAGACAGACUAGCCCCCGCCAGAUGCCAUCCUGGUAUUUCUUAGUCUCGGGGAAAGCUCACAGGCACUACGCCUUGGUCAAGGUGGAAACCACCACCAGCUACAAGAACAAGCGUAUUCAGAAUCAUGUUAUUGAAAUAAUCGUUUAA